AUCUGGCAACGGGCCGACUGGAUCGACCCCGCCAUCAAGGUCCUCAUCCUUUUGCUGCCUCAGCGUGUCCGCUCUACGGAUACAGUGCUCUCACUACUCCUAGGAUCGAUUUCAGAUAUGAAACACAAAGCCAGAAUUUGAAGAGAACUUCUUGGCGAGGAUCACCCUCCUCUCCAGCUGCAUCAGUACGAUACUGCCUACCUUGUUCAUUCACAUUUCUUCCCCGGCUACACAGUCUGUCACAGUGCACACACCCCGCCGUCAAUAGAGUAAAAUGGCCACAAUCGGCACCCUUCAGCGGCUCUCAGCCGCCUCUCUAUCCAAGAUGCUCCUCGCCGCCCAGGAGGCGGCCGCGGCUGGUGAUCCUAGCAUCGCCAUCAUCGACGUUCGGGACGACGAUUACAUAGGCGGGCACAUCAAGGGCUCCCAGAAUGUACCGUCGCGCACGCUCGAUGCGAUGUUGCCCGCCCUCGUCCGCCAGCUACAGGACAAGGAGACGGUCGUGUUCCACUGCGCGCUGUCCCAGCAGCGGGGACCGACCGCCGCGCUGCGGUAUAUCCGGGAGCGAGAGCGGAUCCUUGCUUCGCUGAAGGGGAAGAAGACGGCUUCCGGGGAGAAAACUCCUCAAGCUGUGAGGGAAGAGGGUGUCGUUGCUGCUGUUUCCGGGGAAGGGAGUCACGAGGUGAAGGAGCAGAAGGUGUACGUGCUUGACCGGGGCUUUGUGGGGUGGCAGGAGGCGUAUGGGACGGAUGAGCGGUUGACGGAGGGGUAUUGUAAGGAGUUAUGGGAAGAUGGAUAUUAAGGAUGAGGGUUGGGUCCAAGCGCAUUGGUGGAAACGGUAUGGGGUCAGUUCCCUGUGGUAACUUCGGUUUGUGGCGGGAGUGACUCUGAAGGAUCAUGCCGACUGGGAAUGGCGUUGGGCGGCAACGAAGAAAUACGGAAGAGAUCUUUCCCCUUGGUGAUCCAGUCUGUCCGGCAAGCCAUGAAGAGUCCUCUAAUAACUCACCGGCGCCUCAUUCACAGCGCCUUUUAGUCUCAAAUAUCGGUAUUACCAGCUUUCUGUAGGAGAGAUGACAUGUGCAUACCAGGGCUUCCUCGGUUGAGAAGAGCAAUGAUCUCAAUGCUCUAUCCUGGGCCCAUCGGCGAUGUUAAGAGCCUCUUUCACAAUACACAAUAUAACAAGAUGGCGGUUUGGG